UGAAAAACUGAGGUUUGCUGAAAGAAAGGUUUUUCCAGCGGCGCGUCCACACUGCUGAGAGGAAAAACAGAAACGCGCGCUGAAUGAACGCAGACCGCGAGUACGCGCGCGACAUUAUCGGCACCGGUUCGCGGGGUUUCAGAGUCCGGCGUGAAGAAGAUGAAUUGACGGUGUGUCUUCUGAGUGACAGAGGCGGAGAUGGGCUUCAGCAUGACCUGCCUCUGGAUUUUAACUCUGGCCAUCAUCAGCGUUCACAGAGUGUUCAGCGGGCCACGGUUUUCUCAGGAGCCGGCAGAUCAGUCUGUGGUGAUCGGCGAGAGGGUGGUUCUGUCCUGCGUCGUGUUUAACUACACCGGCAUCGUACAAUGGACCAAAGACGGCCUCGCUCUUGGAAUCGGAGAAGAUCUAAGGGCAUGGCCACGGUAUCGUGUAUUGCGUAUAAUGGACGUUGGGCAGUAUAAUCUGGAGAUCACGUCAGCGGAUCUGACCGAUGACUCCCUGUACGAGUGUCAGGCCACUGAAGCUGCUCUGAGGUCCAGAAGAGCAAAGCUCACAGUUCUGAUUCCUCCUGAUGGUCCUAUAAUUGAGGGAUCUCCAGAGAUCCUGUUGACAGCAGGAACCUCAUUUAAUCUCACCUGUGUGUCUCGAGGAGCAAAGCCAAUGUCAACAAUUGAAUGGUACAAAGAUGGGAUCAUAGUGGAGGGAGCUCAUACCAGCACUGAGGUGUUAUCGGACAGGAAAAGGGUGACCACAAAAAGUUUUCUAGAGAUCCAGCCAAUGGACACAGACACUGGACGUAAUUUCACUUGUGUGGCCUCAAACCUGGCUGCUCCACUGGGGAAGAGAUCUACUGUCACCCUCAACAUCCACCAUCCUCCUACAGUGAUUUUGUCCAUAGAGCCUCGCUCAGUUCUUGAAGGAGAGCGAGUUAAGUUCACCUGCCAGGCCACUGCCAACCCUCCUAUAAUGGGCUACAGGUGGGCUAAAGGUGGCGUGAUUCUGGAUGGAGCAAGAGAAAGUGUGUUUGAGACGACAGCAGAUCACUCGUUCUUCACUGAGCCGGUGUCCUGCCUGGUGUUUAAUGCAGUGGGCAGCACUAACGUCAGUAUAUUAGUGGACGUUCACUUUGGCCCAAUUUUGGUGGUGGAGCCGAGGCCUGUAACAGUGGACGUUGACUCUGAUGUCACACUCAACUGUAAAUGGUCAGGAAAUCCUCCACUUACCCUCACUUGGACCAAAAAAGGCUCCAGUAUGGUCCUCAGUAAUAGUAAUCAGCUGUUUCUCAAGUCUGUGAGUCAAGCAGAUGCAGGACAGUAUGUGUGUAAAGCCAUCGUCCCCAGAAUCGGUGUUGGGGAGACUGAGGUCACUCUUACUGUCAAUGGUCCUCCAAUCAUCUCGAGUGAGCCGAUCCAGUAUGCCGUGAGAGGGGAAAAAGGGGAAAUCAAGUGCUACAUAGCCAGCACUCCACCACCAGACAAAAUCGUUUGGGCCUGGAAGGAGAACGUGUGGGAGAAGGAGCGAGGGACACUGUUGGAGAGAUACACGGUGGAGCAGAGCAGACCUGCAACACAAGGGGGCGCCGUUCUGUCCACACUCACCAUCAACAACGUGAUGGAGGCUGACUUCCAGUCCACGUACAACUGCACUGCGUGGAAUGCUUUUGGACCAGGAACCAUGAUCAUCACACUGGAGGAGACAGAUAUAGUGCCUGUAGGUGUGAUAGCAGGCGGAUCUGUUGGAUCUUCCAUUUUGCUUCUGCUUCUCCUGUUUGCUCUGAUUUUUUAUCUGUAUCGACAACGCAAAGGCAGUCGUCGUGGAGUGACGCUCAAGCCAGACAUUAAGGUGGAAACAGUGAACAAGGAGACCCACAAUCUGGAGGAAGAGGCCGCCAGCGCUUCAACAGCCACGCGAAUGGUAAAGGCUAUGUAUUCUUUUCUUCCCUCUGUCUCCCUCUCUCCCUCCACCCAGCCCUUCAAAGACGACAUGGACCUGAAGCAAGACCUCCAGACCGAAACACUGGAGCCCAAGGUGGAGGAGUAUGAGGCCAAGGACCCCACGAACGGCUACUACAACGUUCGAGCCACGACCCAUGAUGAGGUGCGCUCCUCCACCCGCUCACUGCUCUACCAGGAAUUCCGGGCACCAAAUCCUGCAUCAGUUUCAGCAUCGACCGGCGGCCCUGCCAACAUUCACCCCGCUCCUACAGGACGUUAUGAGGCCCGUCCCACUUCCCGAAUGGCUCACAACACCUACGCUCAUUUCAACACAAUCGCCAGGGCGUCACAAAUCCAGCCUCCACCCAACCCCGUCUCCAAAACCACAGACUAUCCUGCAGAGCGUGGCCUGCUGGAGUCCACCAAUCCACUAGCUUUCGACAGCUACGCCUACUCAACCACACCUCAAUACCGGUUAGGCUUUGCUCCGCCUUUGGAGGCGGGACCAGCCUAUGAAAUGUAUCCAACGGGACAAGGGGUGGGGACGAGUCAAGAUGCUAAUGUAGGGAAAUACCCAAGCUCCGCCCAGUUUCCAUAUUCAACCCCGCCCACGGAAUACUCUCAGAGACACACGCAACGAAUGCAGACUCAUGUGUGAGACUAAAAAAAGCACUUCCUUGGACGCAAAUAUAUGGUACACGCUGAUUUUUUUACACUAUAUGCAACACACACAAGUUUUCUACCUAUACAAAUACACAAUUGAGAGAAAAUUAAAGUGCCAAAUUAUUAACGAACCACAGCGGAAGAGGAAACCGCAAAAGGUCACAUCGUUGAAUGGAGGACAACAUGUCAACCGGGUUUAAAUUACAUUGGAUGGAAGAGUUUUCUACAUGGCAAAUCCAGUCCUCUAAAUCAAUGUUUCCCAACCAUGUUCCUGAAGGCACACCGACAGCACACAUUUUCAACAUCCUCCCAAUCAAACACACCUAAAUCAACACCUGUUGCAACAUUAGAAGAGACUCCAAAACCUGAAAUGAAUGGGUCAGAUAAGGGAGACAUCCAAAAUAUGUACUGUUGGUGUCCCUUAAGGAACAGAGUUGGGAAACACUGCUCUAAAUAUACAUUGAUGUCUGUGCCAAAAUGGGACACUGCAAAAGAGCCAUUAGCCAGUUUUCUUCGUGCGAGUCAAUAAUAUUGGCUGCUUCCUUUGAUAAAAGGCCAGUUAAAGGCUGGAGGGCAGCAGAAUUUGGCUGUGAAAGCCCAGUGAAAGCCUGAUUGCUGUGCGCACUGGAGUUUACUCCGGAUCAACCCAUCGCUACACUCAGUAAAACAAUAGUGUGGGAGUUGUAAGUGAACUCACACUGAUCUACAAUGUGACGUCGCAGAUUACGUGAGUUGAAGAAACUGCAGGUAUUGACAAUCGCUGAGUGACUAUACGGCGCGCUCACACUGCCGAGCUCCUCGCUGCCAGAUUCAACUCUUCUGAUGGGACGGAGAUGCGAGUAUCUGGGUAAACGCCACCAGUGCUUUUAACUCGCCAGUUUCUGUAACAUUGUAGGACUUUUUUUCUAUUUAAAAAAACAAAGGAAACAAACGGAUGCUACUCUCAGAGUGUCAAAGUGAGCUUACAGACUCUUCUCUGAACACACGCUCUGCCUCCUCCAAGAAAACCUCACGAGUAUUUGACGCUUCGUGUUUCUGUGUGUGUGUGAGAGAGAGAGAGAAUGUGUGUGUGCUCAUGUGACGUGGAGGAAAAUGUUGAAUGUGAAGAAUCUCUUUCUCCGAAGUGUCCAUGUAUUUGUCCUUCACACUUUCCAAGUAGAGUUAGAGUGCUUUUCCAUAUUUGUAUCGGAACUAAAUUGCAUUUGAAAGCGCUUUUAUAAUAUUUUUCUAAGACGGCUGUGAGGGGAUCGAGAUCGAGCGGUUUUUGGUACACGCAAUGUAAAGGAGAAAAUGAAAAUGUUUCUUUAUGAUUUGUCGACAUUAAGUAACGGGGUCAAUCAGAUCAUUUAAAAAAGAAAAACAAUAUUAAAGUUGAAGCAAUUAAGUCACGAGUCCAGUGUUCAGUGCGUUUCUUAUGGAAAAUAUAGAGGGGCUUUUAUUGUCUGAGCUCAAUUUGUUUUUGCUUUUUUAAUUUUGCCUAAUUUAGAUUUAAUCUCUUGAAAUUUUACAGGACUUUACUUUUGACAAUAUUAAAGAUAUGCAAUGAUCAAUAUAUACUGCUUAAAAAUAACAAAGGGAACACUUAACCCUUAACAUCAUCUGUUGGAGAUGUUUUCAUCAUGAUUUUGUGUCCUAAUUUAGCCAUAACUUUUCCUGUUUCAGCUAGCAAAAGAAUUUUUGGUGACAGUUUUUAUUUUGACACAUAUUUUGUGAAAAUGCUUUGAACAUUUAAAAAAACUCUGGAUGAAUUGAAUACCUUUUUGUUAUGUUCUGGAUUAAAACAUCCACUCAAUUAAACUGCUGUAAGAAUACAUCAGAUAAAUAUUGUUUUCAAAUUGUUUCGCAUAAAUCUGUUAAUCAACCUCAGUCCUGGGGCUCGUUCUUCGCUUAAAUAAUCUAAGAUGUUUUUGCAGAUCCUGGAUCUUUUAAUCUUGAUAACUGAUCUCUGGCUAAUUUGGUUCUUCAAACAAGUUUGUGAAUCAGAAUAAAAUGUCUGAAUGAAUUGACCUGAGAUCGUUGCAUGUGUUGUGAAGAACAGAUCUAUCGAUCCUCGAAAUCAUGAUCAGCAAUGCAACGAUUGGCUGGCGGCACAGCAGCGUAAUGACAUCAUCUGAUUAAUAUUCAAUUAUCCACGUAAAAUGACAUGAAAUUCGUAGUAAACGAUGUGUUAUGUAAAUAUGAUACGCAAAUACUUUCCACCUUUGUUGUGGGCUGCAGGCUUUACACUUUCAUGUGUCAAGACUCAAGACAUGUGUCAAGAGUAUUAAACAAUUUAUUAAGUUUUACAUUUAGAGUGGAUUUUCUUUAUUAUAGUAGCUUAGGCCUAUUUAAGAUUCUUAAUCGGCGUAAGGAAUAACUAGCUAUUUAAAUUAUUUUGCUAACCUAAUGAGCCUAGUUAAGCCUUUAAAUGUCACUUUAAGCUGUAUAAAAGUGUCUUAAAUAUAUCUA